AUGGCCCAAACACCUCUGUCCCGCCAGGCCCGCCCCGGCGACUUUCUACUUGUCAUUCAUAAUUUUGAUGCUCGCGGGGAGGACGAGCUGACCUUGCGGCGUGGCGACAAGGUUGAAUUGGUAGAGUUGGACGAGGGCUUCGGUGAUGGAUGGUAUUUGGGCAAGCACACCUCGUCCGGCAAGACUGGCCUUUUUCCAGGAGUUUACACCACCCUUCCUCCCAGGCUGAAUAUUCGACGGCCCGCGACCGCUUCGUCCACCACGUCAUCCGAGGCAACAAGCACCACGACUAGUAGCGCCGUUGUGAGUGUCGACGACAUUACUGCAUCGCCUGCCGAAAUUGAACCAAAAGGCGAAACAACCCCGCAAGCUUCUCGACGUGUCAGCGUCUCCGAGACCUCAAAGCCCAAUAUGGACAAUAUGGGCCCAGGCGCUUCCCCUGUCCUUAACCAACCGCAACGCUCAACUUCAAGCCCGCUUCCCUCGUCGCCCUCGCUUGCGAACUCUAUCCAGCGUACCAUCACCCAGACUCUUGGCAAUCAUCUGAAUGGAGGAGAGUCUCCUGUGAUGAACGAAACCCUGAGCGUCAUUGACGAACACAUCACAGAUCUUAAUACUCCUCGUCACAGUGUCACCCAGGAAUCCAAAGCUGUCACCGAUUCCGGGAGCGAAUACAGCAGCCACGUUGGUCAUCGUCUUUCAUACAUCAAUGGCCAUGAGACCGAUGAAGAGGAAGGCGGCCAUCCUACAGAAAAAAGCGUGCGCGGGUGGGAUCAUGUUGAGACAGCUCGUUACCUACGGGGCCUCGGUGUUGAAAGUCACCAUUGUGAUAUCUUCCAAGAGCAAGAAAUCACUGGUGAUGUGCUCCUGGAGAUGGGUCAAGAAUUCUUGCUAAUGAAGGAGUUUGAUUUUGGUGUCAUGGGAAGGAGGUUGAAGACCUGGCACAAGAUUAAGGGCUUUCAAGAACAGGUUAAGGGCGUUAAACAGCAACCGUCUGGCUCAAUGUCCAGUGGUUUUUUCUCUGCCGAAGAGCCUGAGCGAUCCUCUAGUCGCGCCGGACAGAAUACGUCUUUUCUACCUCGCAUUCCAAGCUUUUCUGGGGACAAGCGACCCAGCACUGGAAUAGCGCCUCGACGGAUGUCAUCAUUAGUUCAAGGUAGUCCCAGCUCGCCUACGGCUGGGAAUGCAUUUGCCCGUGAGCCAACUACUCGUCCUUCAGCAGCCUCCAUCCGUGAAUUCAAUCAUACUCGUCGUCACUCGUCAAUGGAUUCAACUAGCCGAUCUCCUUAUCUCGGCCAGUCCAGUGUCGGUCAUCAUAAGAAAGGCUCCUUUGACCGGGGCUGGACUAUGACGAACGGCAUUCAGUCCUUUCCCAGUCGACCCGGGACCGCUACAGAGGCCACGGAUGAGGAUAUGAUUCUCCAACAAAAUUUCUUAGAAAAGGCGGAUAUGCCGGAAAAUCCCCCCGGUAUUGGCACUGCCCCCGACAAUGUUGAUCGUGGCUACUUUUCUGGCGGCGAAAUAGAGACACGUCGAACCCGAAAGUUGUUGCGGAAGCGUGAGUCAGCCGUGGGAAGUGCCAACCAUUCAAGACAGUCGAGUUACAUCGAAGAACAUUCUUCUAAUCGCAGACAUUCGCGACUUGGGAGCAACGGUUCCAUCCAGGAUUCAGUCACCCGCGUGUCUGCCGCAUCCAAGAUUUACCAUAACAGCUCUGUGAAAGGUCGAGUUCGAAGCGCCGGGAGUCAACUUACCGAUCCUGCUUCAGGACUUCCUGCCGUGACAGGUCUUGACGGGCAAAUUAGUGGCACGCCGCCUUCUUUCUCCCCAUUUGCUGGAAGAAACGAUAUGGAAACAACUGGUCGUUCUUCUCCAGUGCCCUUUCCACACAUUCGCAGCGUCGCUCCUAAAUUUCGCCGUGCCGUUGGACUUCGCACGACAUCAGACGGUACAAACGGAGCUCCUAAUAAUCAAGAACCACCGCCGUUGUCACCUGUGAGAGAUUUUGCUUCUUUCGGCCUGGGUAGAACUGGCUCUACAACACCGUCGGCAACUUCCAAAAGCUCAGAACGGCAUAGCACUGACGGCUCAGGCAAGGCUGUUGACGGCAUAAUGCCCCUAUCCAGACCCCGAAUGCCGUCCAAGGCUAGCAGCAAAACGAAGAAGCACACCAGUGCGUAUAUGCGUGGCUUGGAGAAGAAGACCCCGCAAGAACAGAUGGUGGGCUGCGAUUAUAGUGGUUGGAUGAAAAAGCGUUCGGCCAACUUGAUGGCGACUUGGAAACCACGGUUGUUUGUGCUCCGCGGCCGACGCUUGUCAUAUUACUACUCGGACAACGAUACGGAAGAACGAGGCCUUAUCGAUAUAACAGCGCACCGCGUGUUGCGAGCCGAUAAUGAUCCACUGACCGCCCUUCACGCGACAAUCACAGGUGCCAAGGCUUCACCUACCUCGCCGGGGGGAUCAAUGAAGUCUCCAACGGAGAACUCGCGCGGCCCUGUUGACGUUAAAAAGUCAUCGGAAAGUCCUUUUAUCUUCAAGUUGGUGCCCCCGAAGAGCGGAAUGUCUCGUACCGUCCAAUUUACCAAGCCUACGAUCCACUACUUCCAAGUGGAUAGCAUCAAAGAAGGACGUCUUUGGAUGGCGGCUUUAAUGAAAGCUACUAUUGAUCGCGACCCAAGUAUGCCUGUUGAGACGACCAAUAAACAGAAAACAAUCAGUCUGAAACAGGCACGGUUGAUGAACCAGCGACCUCCCGCCUUGAUGGAAUUAGAACCCCCUGUCGUCCCUGAAAACAAAGAAGCAGGAAAAGAAGAAGAAAACAAGGCCGAAGAGGAGCAAGUUGACGAUAGCGGCUUGAAGAUCCAAGGGUUGAGCCUGGAGAAACCCGCUGUCAGUGCUGAGGCCCCUCAAGAAGACGAUAGUCUUGCUAAGGAAAUUGGCAAGAUUGAGCCUCAGCUAGCACCGGCUGCAGAAUCCUUGUCGUGA